AACUUGGUCAACUGCUGGCAGCACUCAGAAAGCAGUAAUACAGAGGAAGGAAGAUAUAAUAAUGAUGAUAAAGGGGCAAACUACUCUGAGAAAAUAAAACUGGCUAAACAGGGGCCAGUUGAAGAUCUGGACUUGAUUCAACAUCAGAUGACCCCUGAAUGUUCAGAUGAAACCAAAUUAAAAGAAGUAGACUCUCAACUUCAAGAUGCUAUUUAUAAAAUGAACAGACUUGAUAAAAUAUUGGCAAAAAAACAAUACAGAGAAAAAGAAAUUAAGAAGCAAGGUCUAGAAAUGAGAAUAAAGUUGUGGGAAGAACUUAAGUCUGCAAAAAAUAGUGAAGCUUUGCAAAGUAAUGAGGAGAUGGAAAAUACAAAGAAAUUUUUAUCUUUGACUGCUGCAUCUGAAGAAACUAUUGAUCUUUCUCAUCGUGAGGAUGAAGAUACCUUUUUCCCAGUGUUUCACACUCAGAUAUCUCCAGAAGAAUAUGAAAACCAUAUGCAAAAUGCCAAUCAAGAUUUUACCUAUGAUGUGGAAAGAAAUGAGUCAUUGAUCAAAGCAGAAAAGAAACCUUUCUCAAAUACAGAAAAAUUUGAGCUCAGGGGUAAACACAACCACGAUUUUGUUAAGCGAAACAUUGAGUUGGCUAAGAAUUCAAGAAACCCAGUGGUUAUGAUUGACAGAGAGAAGCAAAGACUGGCUGAACUUUUGAAGGACUUAGAUGAUGGAGAUUCGGGACUGUCCAGUUCUGAGGGUGAUCAGUCUGAUUGGCUGGUCCCAGGAGAAGGAUACACAUUUGCAGCCACCCAGCAUCAGCAGCUUGCUGAAAUUCAUAAAAAACUCCAAGAACUAGCUGUAGUCCGCCCAAUAAUUCCCAGCUUUUCUCCAAGACUUGAAAAUCAGAAUGAUCAGGAUACCAAUGGAUAUUAUAAAGGGAAACCUAGAUGGGAUUUCAAAACCAGCCUCAAAUUCAAGAACACGUCCUGGGAGCAGAAGUUCAAAUGCAAGUUCUCUGGAGGUGCUCUCACCAGAACCAGGUUCCUUCAAGGUUGA